AGGAACUGUGUAGUGUUGCUGCGCUAGCAAAACCAUCGCUGCUACUUCUGGUCAUGUUUUGAGAGUAACAGAGGUGCUCCCCCCCCCCUCACCGGAAUACAAGGAGACACCACUACAGAGUGUUGUUAACGAAGUCUACGUUUGAAGGUGGCUAAAUUGCUGUGGGAAUAGACCAGUAGGAUCAACAACAGCUCAAAGUAUUUGCUCAAUUCUCCCCAGUCGUCAAGAAUAGACUUCCACUUCCCACAUCCAUUUCGACUGCGGCAGGCUCCGCACUGGGUCCUGGGCUACAAACACCACAACCCCGUUUGUUCUUUCGUGGACAAGAUCCGGCUAAGUUGUAGCGGUUUGUGGAAGGACCAUUGCAUGUCACAGUGUACAUCCCCGUUUCAGUCUGAAGGAUUGUUUACGCGUUAAAAUGGCUGCUGAAAUAGCAGUUGGAAGAGAUUGGUGUUGAAUCAAUGCAGCAACGUUACGUUAACGUUACCUAGCAGAGGCCAUACUACAAAUAAGCUACAUAGGCUAACAUAGUAUGUAUUCGCGAUAGUCGUAGUAUUUAACGAGUUAAGCUCAAAUAGCUUUAAUCGAUGGUCGGUAUCGUUAGGCACUUCCAACAAGAGGUGGGGUGAAGGGAAUUCCUCCCACUCCAAUUAUAUGCAUACGCUUAAGCAAGCAGCUUUAUAAAAACCCAUAGCUAACGUUGCAUUUUCUUAACUAUUAUGUCCCAAGCGUUGUAAGCAGGCAUAGCUAAGCCGUAAUAUUAGCAUGUAUAACACUAAACGAAUAUGCAGGACUUGUUUGUUAUAAUAGAAGCAGCCUGAGUAGCCGAGGCUUUCUCCCAUAGCAGACCUAAAGGCCCCGGUCUUUUACUCUGCUCGGUCGACCGGGGGGAAAAUGGAUCCUAGGGGGAAAUGUAAGACUAAACUCUUUCUUUUUGGACCCAGACUAACCACCCACAGCGAUCUGCGGGGCAUCAACAGAUACUUGGUGGUCUGUGUUUUGUUUUACUUUGUGCUGUUCACUCACGCCUCCCCGGCGAAACCGUGUGACAAGAAUUGUCUCUCUGGAAAAUGUAUCAACGGAUCCUGCAUCUGUGACCGAGGAUGGGUUGGAGACCAGUGCCAGCACUGCCAAGGGAGGUUCAAGUUGACAGAGCCCUCAGGAUACCUCACCGACGGCCCAAUCAACUACAAGUACAAAACAAAGUGCACCUGGCUCGUUGAGGGCUACCCAAAUGCGGUUCUUCGGUUAAGAUUUAACCACUUUGCCACAGAAUGUAGUUGGGACCAUUUGUACGUCUAUGAUGGAGACUCGAUAUAUGCUCCACUGGUUGCUGUUUUCAGCGGUCUCAUCGUGCCGGAGAUACGAGGAAAUGAGACGGUCCCUGAGGUCGAGACAACUUCAGGCUACGCACUACUACACUUUUUCAGCGAUGCUGCCUAUAACCUGACGGGAUUUGAAAUAUUCUACUCGAUCAACUCCUGUCCCAAUAACUGCUCCGGCCACGGGAAGUGCACCCCUGGUAACUCGGCCGCCAGCAGAGUGUACUGUGAAUGUGACAAGUAUUGGAAAGGCGAGGCCUGUGACAUCCCUUACUGUAGGAACAACUGUGGCAGCCCCGACCACGGCUACUGUGACCUCACUGGGGAAAAGCUGUGUGUCUGCAAUGACAGCUGGCAAGGCCCUGACUGCUCUCUAACCGUACCUUCAACGGAGUCUUUCUGGGUCCUACCAAGCAUCAAGCCCUUCGGCCCAUCGCUCGCCAGAGCUUCCCACAAAGCCGUAGUGCAAGAGAAAGUCAUGUGGGUGGUGGGCGGAUACACAUUCAACUACAGCUCCUUCCAGAUGAUUCUCAACUACAAUCUGGAGAGCGGUAUCUGGAACACAGUUCCCAUCAACAGUGGCCCUGUGCCACGAUACGGCCACACACUUGCUGCCUACCAGGAUGAUAUCUAUAUGUUCGGUGGGAAAAUGGAGGCCGCCUGGGGGAACGUGACAGAUGAGCUGUGGGUGUUCAACGUACCCAGUCGGACGUGGCAGCGGAGAAACCCUGUGGUUGGCCCACCGGCCCAGGCUCAGAUUUACGCUGUGGAGGGUCACUCAGCCCACUGCGUCCUGCUGGAUGAGGGAGAGGCCAUUAUGCUGGUCAUCUUUGGCUACUCUCCCAUCUACAGCUACGUCAGCAACGUUCAGGAGUACAACCUGAGGUCCAACACGUGGUUGGUGCCGGAGACCAAAGGCGCUGUUCCGCAGGGAGGUUAUGGCCACAGCAGCACUUAUGACACUGCCAGUGGUAGUGUGUAUGUUCAUGGAGGCUAUAAGGCGCUGCCUGCCAACAAAUAUGGCCUUGUUGAUGACCUCUACCGCUAUGACGUUAACACCCGGACAUGGUUCAUUCUGAGAGAGAGCGGCUUUCCACGGUACAUGCACUCAGCUGUGCUCCUCAGCGGCACCCUGCUCAUUUUUGGUGGCAACACACACAACGACACAUCACUCAGCAACGGGGCCAAGUGUUUCUCUACUGACUUCCUUGCCUAUGACAUUGCUUGUGAUGAGUGGAGGCUCCUGCCUAAACCCGACCUGCACAGGGAUGUCAACCGCUUUGGUCACUCUGCAGUGGUCAGCAAUGGGUCCAUGUAUGUGUUUGGGGGCUUCUCCGGUGUGCUGCUCAAUGAUGUGCUUGUUUACCGACCACCCAGCUGCCAGGCCUUCUUGGCAGAGAAGGGCUGUGCGAAGGCUGGGCCAGGGGUUCGCUGCAUCUGGAGCAGAGGCCACUGUCUCCCCUGGGAACCAAGCCUGGCUAAUGGAAGCCUCGUCCCUGCCUCAUUCUGCCCCCCUAAAGCUGUCACAGUGGACGAGCGGUGUUACCGGUUCUCAGACUGUGCCAGCUGUACAGCCAACACCAACGGGUGCCAGUGGUGUGAUGAUAAGAAGUGCAUCUCUGCCUCCAGCAACUGUACCUCUAACGUGAAGAACUUCACGGAGUGUCCAGUGCGGAACGAGCAGGUGUGCAGCAAGCUUGCCAACUGCAAGAGCUGCUCGCAGAAUCUCAACUGUCAGUGGGACCAGAAUCAGUCAGAGUGCCACGCUUUGCCUGCCCAGCAGUGCAGCGAGGGAUGGAGCCAGGUUGGAGAGGCCUGCCUGAGGAUCAACUCCAGCCGUGAGAGUUAUGACAACGCCCAGCACUACUGCAAGAACCUCAAUGGAAACAUCGCGUCGCUCACCACCUCCAAACAAGUAGACUUUGUGCUUGAGGAGCUAAAGAAGCUCCAGCUACAAGACAAGCAGCUGUCUCCCUGGGUGGGCCUGAGGAAAAUCAACGUGUCAUACUGGGGCUGGGAGGACAUGUCCCCCUUCACCAACAGCAGCCUGCGCUGGCUGCCCGGUGAGCCCAGUGACUCUGGCUUCUGUGCCUACCUGGAGGAGCCUCAGGUGUCGGGCCUUAGGGCCAAUCCAUGCACUGCCACUGCCCACGGCCUCAUCUGUGAAAAAGCUACUGGAAACCCCAAUCAGAGCACCCGUCCAUCCUGUAAGAAGCCUUGCUCUCUGCACACCAACUGUGCCAACUGUACCAGCCAGGCCAUGGAGUGUAUGUGGUGCGGCAGUGCGCAGCGCUGCGUCGACUCGACUGCCUAUGUGAUCUCUUUUCCUUAUGGCCAGUGUCUGGAGUGGCAGACUGGAGAGUGUGUGGCCCAGAACUGUUCAGGCCUGCGGACAUGUUCCCAAUGCUUGGAGCAGCCGGAGUGCGGCUGGUGUGGAGAUCCCAGCAGCACUGGGAAGGGCCUGUGCAUGGAGGGCUCCUCCAGGGGCCCAAUGAAGAGGCCAGCGAAGCAGGGCCAGUCCCAAGACAUGAGCCUGGACCUGGGCAGCUGCCCCAAAGACAAGGGCUACGAGUGGGCCUUUAUUCACUGCCCUGCGUGCCAGUGUAAUGGCCACAGCACGUGUGUGAACGGCAGCGUGUGCGAACAGUGCCGUAACCUCACCACCGGCCCUCACUGCCAGACCUGCAUGCCAGGUUACCAUGGAGACCCGACCAAUGGCGGCAAAUGCCAGGCCUGUAAGUGUAAUGGCCAUGCAAGCGUGUGCCAGGUGUUAACUGGCAAGUGCUUCUGCACCACCAAGGGGAUCAAAGGAGACCAGUGCCAGCUAUGUGACUCAGAAAACCGUUACCUUGGCAAUCCACUCAGAGGAACCUGUUACUACAAUCUCCUGAUCGACUACCAGUUCACUUUCAGUCUCAUCCAAGAAGAUGAUAAUCAUUACACUGCCAUCAACUUUAUGGCUUCACCUGAGCAGGCAAACAAGAACUUGGACAUGUCCAUUAAUGCAUCCAACAACUUCAACCUCAACAUUACCUGGUCGGUAGGAUCAACAGCUGGAACCAUCUCUGGAGAGGAGGUGCCUAUCGUGUCCAAAACUAACAUCAAGGAAUACAGAGACAGUUUCUCCUGUGAGAAGUUCACCUUUAGAAACAACCCAAAUAUUACCUUUUAUGUCUACGUCAGUAACUUCUCAUGGCCCAUCAAGAUCCAGAUUGCCUUCUCCCAACACAACAGUAUCAUGGACCUCGUCCAGUUCUUUGUGACAUUCUUCAGUUGCUUUCUAUCACUACUCCUGGUGGCAGCAGUGGUGUGGAAGAUCAAACAGACCUGCUGGGCUUCACGGCGGAGAGAACAGCUGAUGAGAGAGCGUCAGCAGAUGGCCAGUCGUCCAUUUGCCUCAGUUGCUGUUGCACUGGAUGCCAGGGGAGAACAAACAGAACUGUUGCAGCCUGUGGUUGAUGGUGCACCCAAACCGGUUGCGAUGGAGCCUUGUUCUGGAGGGAAAGCUGCUGUGUUGACUGUCCUCAUGCGUCUGCCCUCCGGGCCCUCAGGCUUACCUCCCCCAGGACAAUCAGGAAUCAUCGUUGCCAGUGCGCUGAUAGACAUUUCACAGCAGAAACCAACAGAUUUUAAGGACAAGUCCCAGGUGUUAAAGAACCGAAAAGCCCUUCCUCCAGCACACCAAGGCACCUGCGUCUGAGGUUCAACUCGUCAAUCCAUUUGGUCCCUAUUUAUACCAUCAGAGGUCAUAUUGUUCCAACAUGCCGCAGGUCCCAGUUGGAGGCCUUUCCAGAGACAAGACACGGCUACAUGUAGAAGAUUUAAUUUGGCUGCUACCAACCAAGUUUUCACUAAAACUUGCCAAGUCCCAAGAGCACAACACUGCUUACCUUUGCCCAAUUGCUCUGUUUCUACAGGUGAUCAGAAACAACUUUUCCUCCACCUGCCUGACCCGAGUUUAACUGAUUUCCUUCACACCGUGUAGAAAGUACAACGGAUGGUGUAAUAGAUUGCUGGUAGAUGUCCAUUAAAUACUGCCUAUGAGGUUUCUGUGCUUCUUUUUGCUUGCCAACAAGUGGUUUUCUAUGGUGCUAAAGCAUUUAGUUUUUAUGACACUCCUGACUCUAAUCUCAGCCUUUGCUGUAAGGACUGACUUCAUUCUGCCUUUUUGUGGAGAAAAAGCUACACGCUAGACCAGGACUCUCUUUAACACGCCGUGACCACUUUUGCCAAUUAGCAUCAUCGAUCUCUUUUAGCAUUUACUGAACAUAUGUAUCAUCCACCCAGCUAAAGCUAAAGUCUGUAUUUUCUGUGGAAUACAUACAAAUGCUGCAGAGACAUGAGACUGCGAUCACUACCAGCGGCGUAUGGGAGAACACUGCAAACUGCAGGAGGCACGAAUAAAUCAUCAGACAUCAAACUGAAGCAUGGAAAACCCCAAAACUUAAGAAAAAGUUAGGAGCAUUUUAUUAGCAAACUGGAAGUUUCAUUUGUUAAAAAAUCUUUUUUUCAGUGUGCCUACGGUUAAAGAAGUUGCAGAGAAACACUGAAGUUCUGUUCUGAUUCUUCACUGUAGUUUGUUGUUGUAUCAUUUUGCUGUGCAACUUGGACAUUAAGCUUUUGAACUUGCCCUUGGAUUGGUGUGGUGGGUGGAUGCCAUGUAGGAGAAAAACCUCCAUGCUGCUGUUUACUAAUUUGUUUUGUAAGUUGUUUUUAUUUUAUUUUUAAAGAAUCCUCUAAAGCUAUGACUUUAUUUUCAUCUUUGAGUACAAGGAGUUACGUUACCUUUUAUAAUGCCUUGGCUUUCCAUGAACUCCUGAGGAGGAGGGGGCAUGUUGAUCUGCAGAAUUUUAAAAGCUGUCGACCAUUUUUACUCCACACUGAGCUGUACAGAGUCUUGUUGCAACAAAUGUGAGUCUUUGUCACUCUUAUCUCUUGAGAUUUCAUGGGUUUGUCAGGUUUUUAUGACAGAAAGGCAAGAGAUUAUCAUUUAUUUUAGGGUUUGUCACCUGUUAUUAUAUCUAUGAUAAAUUGUAAGUCUUUUGCUACAUUUGUGUAAAGAGCAUUUCUGUUAAUAUUUUGUUUUGAUAUUUAACAGAUUCCUGUGUAAUUGCGCAUUUAACUUGAUUUUAUUGUUGAAUUAAAUCAGUUGUUUUAAUGUCAAUUCCUUUUGAACUGUGCAUCUUUAAGGACUGUAUGGGCAUUGUCUUUUUGUUGCAAAGUGGUCAUUAUGAUGCAUUUCCUAAGGAUAGUAAGCCAGCUAAUGUGUUUUUAUUUUGUGUUUGUAGAGUAAUCCUAUAACAGUGUCAUUACACAGGAAUCGGGGUCUCACUGUACCGUAAAAAAAAAAAGAUGAUAAACUGCAUAUCAGUAAUCUUCUGUGUAUUUUAAAGAUGAACAACAUGCCAGGAAAUAAAAAAAAAAAAAAAACA